AAAGGCGUCGUCUCCGCAAAUUGUCAUCUCAUAAAUCAAAAUACACAAGCGAAAAACUUUUUCCACAACAAUAAAAACGCAUUUUUUCCAUUGCAAUCAUUCAUUCCAAUUUAUUUAAACAUUAAUAAAUGAUUUUUUAAUCAAUCCACAUUCGCUUUAAUACAAAAUAUGCUAUAAAAUCAUUCAAUUUCAAUUGCAAAUUUGCCAAAAGAAAAAAACAAAGUAUGCUACAAAAAUUUCUUAUGUUCAAUGUUCUUCUGUUUACAACAACCGGAAUCGAUGGCAGCUCCAUGAAAAAUAUCGACCAUCAAUUUGACGGAGCACCAAAUCACAAAGAAAAAGGCUAUUGUGCUCCGUACAAUGGCAAAAUUUGCAAAUCAUUUAUUCGUGGACAAGUGUGGUAUAGUCGAGAAGAUCCAAAUGGUGGUUGGAAGAACGAACAGAUUACCACUGCAUUGUUUGAAGAGUUGAUUUCCGAUUUAACUGGACAAUGCCGUGUAGCAGCUGAAAAAAUGUUAUGCUCCUAUGCAUUCCCACAAUGCCAAACAGAGAAUGGCCAACCUGUUAAGGUUCCUCUGUGUUAUGAGGAUUGUGUGGCAACACAUUUGCAAUAUUGCUACAACGAUUGGGUACUUAUUGAGGAGAAAAAAGAACGUGGAAUCUUUUUCAAGUCCAGAGGACACUUCCGCUUGCCUAAUUGCUCUGUCCUGCCCAAAUACAAUCAAACUGCCAAAAAACCAAAUUGCUCUUAUAUUGGAUUGACGAAAAUUGAUGAAUUACAAGUUUCUUAUGACUGCCGUAAUGGCAAUGGAAGAUAUUAUCUUGGCCAUGUAAACAUAUCAAAGACUGGAAUCCCAUGUCAACGUUGGGAUUCACAACAUCCACAUAAACAUAUCCAACCACCGCUUGUGUUUCCACAAAUUGCCGAGGGGGAGAACUAUUGUCGAAAUGCUGGCGGAGAGGAACCAUAUCCAUGGUGUUAUACGACAGAUGAGUCUGUGCGAUGGCAGCACUGUGAUGUGCCCCUUUGUCCUGAUUCGAUCGACAUGACUAGCAAAGACACUACAACUCCCAUCAAAAUGGAAACAUUCUUUACACCAUCAAUGAUCUUCCUUCUAGCUGGCAUAGGUUUCGUAGGAAUUGUAGCCUUUCAUUUAAUAAUUCUACUCAUUCAUAAAGUAGCCAAACACAAAGAUGUCCAUCAACAACUUCAACAGCAGCCACCAUCUGAAUGCAAUAUGUCUGUGAGUCGCGAUUGUAAUCUUUCUUCCAGUCACCACACCUUGGACACAACUAGCACUCAUAAAUGCGGCACAUUGCGGAGUAUGCAUACAGGAACCAUACGCAGCACUGCAACAAUACACGAACCAAAACCUAAAUUAAACACCAAGCUAGAGAAACUAGAAUAUCCUCGCGGUGAUAUUAUUUAUGUUCGUAGCUUAGGUCAGGGAGCAUUCGGUCGGGUUUUUCAAGCCAAAGCUCCCGGUUUAAUACCUGGUGACGAUGAAAUGUUGGUUGCAGUAAAAAUGCUUAAAGACGAUGCCAGUGAAGCUAUGCAAUCUGAUUUUGAGAGGGAAGCCUGUCUUCUGGCCGAAUUCGAUCAUCCGAAUAUAGUGAAAUUACUUGGAGUAUGUGCAUUGGGUCGUCCAAUGUGUCUUCUCUUCGAAUUCAUGUCACCAGGGGAUUUGAGUGAGUUUUUACGAGCAUGUUCCCCAUUUGCUACCCAUCAAGCUAAUCGUACACGAACGGAUCUCAACGAUGCCGAUCUCUUAAGAAUCGCCGAACAAAUUGCGGCCGGAAUGGUUUAUUUAUCUGAAAGAAAAUUCGUUCAUAGAGAUUUGGCCACCCGCAAUUGUUUAAUCAACGAACAAAUGGUUGUAAAAAUUGCAGACUUUGGUUUAUCACACAAAAUCUAUCUACAGGAUUAUUAUAAAGGCGACGAGAAUGAUGUCAUUCCCAUACGUUGGAUGCCAUUAGAAAGUAUUUUAUAUAACAAAUACACCAUCGAAUCAGAUGUAUGGGCUUUUGGAGUUUGUCUCUGGGAGAUAUUCUCGUACGCCCUGCAACCAUAUUAUGGCUUAACCCAUGAGGAAGUAAUUAAGUAUGUUCAAGAAGGAAAUGUACUCAGUUGUCCGGAUAAUACACCGCUGUCAGUGUAUGCUCUAAUGCGUCGUUGUUGGAAUCGCAAGCCAUGUGAGAGACCAAGCUUUGCUGAAAUUACUCACUGCAUUCAGCAUAGUAUUGUAGAAUUUGAAUGCAAGUCUAUGCUGUAAAUAUGGAAAUACCAAAAGAUUUCUUUUUCUCGUUCCUUUUUUUCAUUUUUUUUUUUUUUUUAUGUCAGUAUAACGAUACUCUUUUUGAGAAUAUAGUCUAAGUUGAAGG